AGCGUCACUUUGCAAUUGCCUUAUUAAUUUCGUUGCUGCUAAUUCUGCUUUUAAAAACGAUUUGAAAAAAAAAAAAAAAAAUGGAAACUCCACGUCGCAAAUUGCGCAACCUGCAUUUGGAGAAUGUGCAAAACAAUAGCACGCCCAUACAAGUGCCACCAUCGCCAAUGCUAAAAACACUUGGACAUGGUACCGGCGUAAGCGUCUAUCGUUUGGAUCGUUCACCAAAACAAGGACACAUACGCUCACCAUGGGCUGUCAAACGCAUUACACAACGCACACGGGCCACCAAGGAUCCAUUGUUUAAUGACCGCAUUAUACAUGAAGCAGCUAUUUUACGCAAACUGAAUCAUCCAAAUAUUGUGGGCUUUCGUGGCAUCAUCAAAUCAGCCGAGGGCGUAGAGGCGCUGGCAUUGGAGUUGUGCAGCACUUCACUGGGAUUUAUACUGGAGGAGCGUCAUGAUGAAGAUUUGGGUCCACUACCCGCUAAACAAACCUUCAAAUUGAUUAUAGAUAUUGCACAAGCUCUGGACUUCUUGCACAACGAGGCCAAGUUGCUGCAUGGCGAUCUCAAGUCGUUCAACGUGCUUGUCAAAGGUGAAUUUGAAAUUUGUAAGCUAUGUGACUUUGGUGUCACUCUGCCGCUAGAUGAAAAUGGUGAGAUCAAUUUUCAUAAAAAUCCGCAGCUGGCAUAUGUGGGUACUCCUCUCUGGUCAGCGCCAGAGAUAAUCGAUGAAGUGGAAAUAAUUGAUGCUAAAGCAGAUAUCUUUAGUUUUGGCUUGAUUAUCUAUGAGACGUUGGCGCUGGUGCCACCACACAUGCUAGAGCUGAAUGAUGCCUUAAACAAUAGCUCGGGAAUGGAACUGGACAGCUCGCAGGAGGGUUCUCUGCAACGCAAACAACUUAACUAUACAGACAAUUCUGACGUUUCCACAAGGGAAGCCGCUGCCACAGGCACUGACGAGAGUGUGAACAGCAUCAAAGAUGCCACAGACUAUGAAGAUGAUGAUACUAAAGAGAAUGACAUUAGCGACUUUGUGCUGAACAAUUUGGAGCAAGGAUAUGGCACAAGACCACCGCUACCAGUUGCCUUUCAGCUCAGCGACGACUACAAUUGCGUGGUGGAGCUGUUUUAUUUGUGUACGAAUGCCCAGAGUGAGGAUCGGCCAGCUGCACGCACCAUCUGGCAAUGCUUUCAAAAAAAUGCAGCCGUUGUAUGUGCCGCAGCUGAGGCUGGUAGCGAUUAAAUGCAUCCUAGAUUAGUAUUAAAAAUAAUUGUUUAAGGUGGCAUUAUAAUCCUAUGUACCUAACUUUUUAAAUUACACACACAAAUUUCUUGACGUAAAUUGCAAUUGUAAAU